AUCAUACGACUCCUGAUGCAUAAUGUUUUUUUGCUCCUAGUAUAUAUAAUUAGUUAUUGUGAAUCUGAUCAAUUUAAGUUUUUUUUUUUUUUUUUGGAUAUUGAGGACAAUUGGUCUCACAUUUCUUCCAAAAUGUAUGUCCGAAAACAUCUGAAAAUAUCUUCUAACUAAUUUAACAAACUUCAGACAUCACAUCAGGCCCGACUAUAAAAUCCCUCCCUUUCCUUAUUCAAAACUUCACUUUCCCUCUCCCUCCAUCAUCAACCUUCAAUCCCUUUUUCAAUGGCAGACAAAAACAACUCCAACCAUCCUCUCAGCCUCAUCCUCUACCUCACUUUCUCUCUCCUCAUAUCAACUUCCAUAGCAGACCUCUCUCUCCGCAAUCUCGAAUCCGCCAUUUUCGCUCUCCAAGCUAACGGCUUCGACCUCUUCGGUAACUCCAUCGCAGUCUCUGACCUCUCCAUUCAAAUCCUUUCUCACAAAUAUAACUCAACCUCAGUAAACAAUAGCGUCGGCCGCCAUGGAUUCACCUUUCUUGCACCUCCAAACUCCGUACUCUUCUCUCUCGACAUGUCCACUGACGCCUUCACCUACGUUCACUCCCUUCGCUUCCAUGUCGUUCCUCGUCGACUCACGUUUGCGGAGCUUCGUAAUGUUUCUCUCUCCUCAAAUCCUUACCUUGAGACUCUUGCGCCAGGCCAUGUCGUCUUCGUCACUUCUUCUGGUCGCCGAUUCGUCGCCAUUGAUGGAGUUCGCGUCUCUUCUCCUGACCUUUACUUGAGGUCUGAAGUCGUCGUUCAUGGACUCGACGGAAUUCUCGUUUCCUCAAACGAAGAAUUCUUCCACCGACUUGAUUCCAUAUUCGUUCCGCCGUCGAUUCGAUCUCCUAGUCCUGCUCCUACAAUUGACGCUUUCUCGCCGCAAAUUUUAGGUUUUCCGCCGAAAACUGUUGAUUUCUCGCCGCAAAUUGUAGGUUUUCCGGCAUUUUCGCCGAAGAUUGAUGGAAUUUCGGCGCCAAUUAAUGCUUACUCGCCUGAAAUUGUAGACACUGUUCCAUUUCCAACGGAAUUUGGAGUAAUGCCGACAUUUUCACCGAAGAUUGACGGAAUUCCGGUUCCAAAUAACGUUUUCUGGCCAAGAAUUCCAGAGAAUUGGUCGCCGAUUAGUGAUUAUUCGUCGGAAAUCAGUGCGAUUCCGGUAUCUCAUGAUGUAGCAUUCACCGGAGGAAGCUUCAAUUCAAUUUCAGUUCCGCCGACUCAUGCUCAUUCUCCAUACGAUGAGAGAAUUCCUGCGCCUUCGCCGACGUUGUACUUUCUCUCUCCUACUAAGUACUCGAUUCCGCCGGUGUAUCCAGAUUGGUCGCAUUCCGAUUUUCUCUCGCCUAACAUUUGGUCGCCAAUUUGGAGUGCUCCACCACCACCGCAUACGGUUGGAGAGUGGCAGGAGAACUGGGAGAGUGCGAAUCGGAAGGCGAAGAACGAGAAGAGGGCUAAGAUGAAGCAUCACAGACAUGGUAUACACAAGAAAGCUUGAUUAGAAUGGCGGGAGAAGUUGGGAGACCUGAUGUUCUCAUUUCUCAGCAGUUCUGCUAAGUAUGAUCGUGAUUCCUGAAUCAUCAAUCUGCUGUUUACAAUGUUACUGUGGUAAAAAAAAAAAAUUGAAAUUUUGGUAGGUUGAAAAAGUUGGAGAGGUAAUAAUCCUGAAUAGGUGCAGCUAUGAUUGUUGAAGGAUUGUUGAAGGAUUGAUGAGAUUAGUGGGUGUUUAGAUUUGUGAAUUGUAAAUAUUAGUUUGAGUAAAGUGGUUUUUGAGAAGGAUUAGUGUCGUUGAUUCUGUUAACUUUGUACCGUUUUCCAGCUGAAGUAGGAAGGAUUACUUUUUCUUUGCCAAUGACCAAAUUGUUAGUAAUUUGUAAAAUG